AUGCAAGUUAAAGUGAAAACAUUGACCGGUAGAGAUAUUGCUGUUGAUAUUGAACCACAAGAUAAAGUUUUUACCAUUAAAGAAAUGAUGGAAGAAAAAGAAGGUAUUUCACCAGCGCAACAACGUUUAAUUUUUAAUGGUAGUCAAUUAGAUGAUGAUAAAUCAGUUCAAGGAUCUGGUAUUCAAGCUGGUGCUUCAUUACAUUUAGUUUUAACUUUGAGAGGUGGUAAUUAG